AUGAAAGACCAACUCCCUCCAUCAGGUUACACCGCCUACCUUCAACUCCCAGCCGUCCCAGCCAACAUCCAAGCCGCCCUAGCUGGGGACGAGAACCAGCGACUAAAUCUAAUAUGGAUCGGACUAGUGGCGGUGGAGAUUAUUAUGGUUAUCAGUGUUGUGGUGCACGCUGUUGUUAGGGUGAUAUAUCCCAAGAAGAAACAGAGACUGGAUUCGUGGUAG